AUGGAGAAAAUGAAAUUGGAGUUGACAAUCCCUGCAGAGAGAACUGAUGCCGUUGUAUUGAAUAGUGCUCCGGAAAAUCUACUUGAGCUUCAAAAAGACAUUACUAAUGUAGCUACAACGGAGACUGUUAAUCUUAUUAUCAAAGAUAUUGGAUAUUCGUUUUUUUCUUUUUUAAUUGGUGAUUCUUAUGACAUAUCGACGGAGGAGCACAUGGCUGUUGUGCUACGUUAUGUGAACAAGGAUGGGCAUAUCAUUGAGCGUUUUAUUGACAUUGUACAUGUUAUAGAUAAAACUACUCUUUCGCUUAAGACAUUGAUUGAUGAGUUAUUAUCUAGAUAUGGAUUGAGCAUUUCUAGACUGCGUGGACAAGCUUAUGAUGGUGUUGCUAAUAUGGAAGGCGAGUUCAACAGUCUCAAGAUGCUUAUUCAUAAGGAGAAUGAAUUUGCUUUUUCUAUUCAGUGUUUUGCAUACGAGCUUCAGUUAGCUCUUGUGGCUUUGGCAAAUCAGCGUAUCCAUUACCCUCUUUUCAAGUUGGUUGGUAAUGUGGUAAAUGUCCUUGGAGCCCCUUGUAAACAUCGUGAUAUCUUUUGA